AGGCAGAAGAGGAGAGAGAUGACAUGGAGAGAGUCAAGCUGGAUAAUAAGAGAAUUCUCUUUAAUCUUCUGCCAGCACAUGUUGCACAGCACUUUCUUAUGUCAAAUCCAAGAAAUAUGGAUCUUUAUUAUCAGUCUUACUCACAGGUUGGUGUGAUGUUUGCCUCCAUUCCUAAUUUUAAUGAUUUUUACAUAGAACUUGAUGGCAAUAAUAUGGGAGUGGAAUGUUUACGACUUUUAAAUGAAAUUAUUGCUGAUUUCGAUGAGCUCAUGGAAAAAGAAUGCUACAGGGACAUUGAAAAAAUCAAGACAAUUGGAAGUACAUACAUGGGAGCUGUAGGACUGGUUCCAACAACAGGAACAAAGGCAAAAAAAUCAAUUUAUUCUCACCUAAGCACAUUAGCA